UCGACUCCUGUGUUGCCAAAUGUGAUGAAGUCCCACAUAUUUAAGAUGUCAAAUUCGGGCGAGAAUUGCAGUGUGAACAUUUAUGGCAUACCUCUCAACAAAAGGAAAAUACAAUAGACUCUGGUAUGCAUUUCCUCCAGGACGAUACACUCAUAGCAUAUGAAUUCUUCUGUUGUGCAUUUUCCUACUAGAAACCUCGUCGCUCAAAGACACCAGCAUCUCCCGAUUGCUUCUGUCGAGACUUGCGCCUCCCGUAGAGACUCGAGACCGGUGAUGGAGAGCAGCCAGGGCCCAGGCUGUGCCCGGGAGGCGCGGGAGCCCAGAGGGGAGUCCCCUCCGUACUGCUGUGCGUCGUGCGACGGGGGGGACCUCCACCGGGGGCUCGCCCUGCGCGGGCGCACCAAGGCCCGCAGCAUGUCCGCCUCGUCCGACUUCAGGAGGACCCAGUCGCUGCAUGGGCCGAGUCCUGUGACCACCUUUGGACCGAAAGCCUGCAUGCUGCAGAACCCGAAGGCGGUGAUGCACAUUCAGGACCCAGCCAGCCAGAGAUUAACAUGGAACAAACCACCCAAAAGUGUCCUUGUCAUUAAGAAGGUCAGAGAUGCCAGUUUACUCCAGCCUUUCAAAGAGCUCUGCAGAUUUCUCACUGAGGUGAAAGGCAUGAUUGUUUACGUGGAGCGGAAAGUUCUGGAAGAUCCAGCCAUUGUGGGCGACGAGAGCUUUGUGGCGGUGAAGAAGACAUUCUGCACUUUCCGAGAAGACUUUGACGACAUUUCUGACCAAGUGGACUUCAUCAUCUGCUUGGGGGGAGAUGGAACGCUGCUGUACGCCUCGUCCCUGUUCCAGGAGAGUGUUCCCCCCGUCAUGGCCUUCCACCUGGGCUCCCUGGGGUUCCUGGCGCCCUUCAACUUCGACACGUAUCAGUCUCAGGUCACGCAGAUCAUCGAGGGUAACGCCGCCCUCGUCCUGCGGAGCCGUCUGAAGGUGAAGGUGGUGAAGGAGUGCCGGGAGAGGAAGGGCGGAGUGGACGAGACGGGCCUCAUCCUGACCAACGGGGAGGCAGAGACCACGCGCCGAACUAUGCAAUACCAGGUACUGAAUGAGGUGGUGGUGGACCGGGGGCCCUCGUCGUACCUGUCCAACGUUGACCUCUUUCUCGACGGCCACCUGAUCACUACAGUGCAGGGAGACGGUGUGAUCGUCUCCACGCCGACGGGGAGCACGGCCUACGCGGUGGCGGCGGGCGCCUCCAUGAUCCACCCCAACGUGCCGGCCAUCAUGAUCACGCCCAUCUGCCCCCACUCACUGUCCUUCAGGCCCAUCGUGGUGCCCGCGGGCGUGGAGCUCAAGAUCAUGCUCUCCCGCGACGCUAGAAACACGGCCUGGGUUUCCUUCGAUGGGAGAAAACGCCAGGAAGUCUGCCACGGGGACAGCAUCACCAUCACUACCUCCUGCUUCCCCGUUCCCUCCAUCUGUUUCCGGGAUCCCGUCAACGACUGGUUCGAGAGCCUAGCUCAAUGUUUACACUGGAACGUCAGGAAAAAGCAGAACUACCUUGGGUCUGAGGAGGAGGAGUACUGAGGAGAGGCCCUCUGAUGACUUAUCGGAGACGGGAGGAUCGACAGUGCACUCAUGGGGGAUCUCUCACGUCAUUUUCAGACUUCCCUUCUGACUGCAGUGGGUUCAGGGAUCUAUUACAGUCUGUCUCUACUCAAAUGGUAAAUGCUUGGCAUUUAUAUAGCGCCUUUAUCCAAAGCGCUGUACAAUUGAUGCUUCUCAUUCACCCAUUCAUACACACACUCACACACACCAAUGGCGAUUGGCUGCCAUGCAAGGUGCCGACCUGCUCAUCAGGAGCAUUUGGGGGUUAGGUGUCUUGCUCAGGGACACUUCGACACAGACCAGGCAGGGGAUCGAACCGGCAACCCUCCGACUGCUAGACGACUGCUCUUACUGCCUGACCCAUGUCGCCCUACUCAUGAACGACGUCUCUAAUGAAGAAGUGGUUCCUUAAAAUCCUCUUUCUGAGUGUCCCAAUGAAGCACCUUUUUACAAAAUAUUUAUCAUUUACUGGAGGGGGUCGUUUUAGAAGUAGCAUGGAAUUUCAGCCGCCUUUCCUGCAGUUAAAAAUAUAGUUAGUGCCUUAAGUCUCCGAAUUGUGAACAUAAUCAUUUUAACAUUUGUAUUGUUUAACGUUUCUUUGGAACUUGCGCUCCGUUGUGAUCUGAUGAAAUUGAACUCUAGAUCUGUGACCUAGAGCAGCCUUCAGUUGUUGAAUCAAUGGAGCCGUUUCUAGAUUUCGGGAUGACGUGUCCUGAAAAGACAUGUUAGACCAUUUUUGUUCAACCUGUUUGAAUAAGGAGACUGAUAGAAAUGAAAUGUUAAGAUUUAAUUUAGUGUCAUGGCAUGGUAAAACAUAACAGUUCAUAAGUUUUAAAAAAAUAGUGAACAACUCAACCUGUCUUGGGACCAGUAUAGUGCUUUUUUAGCAUUUUACAAAUGGACCACAGGAGCACCAAAGCUAACAUUGCUAUUAUUGCUUAUAUUUCACUUAACAUGUCUAAAUGCUAUCGUGAAUAUUUAUCUUGGGUAAAGCUCAAUGCGAGAAGGUCAGUUUUCAUGUUCUUUUCCAGUUUGUAACUGCAACACUGUCUUCAACUUCAGUAUGUUAGCGUGUAGAUGCGCACUGCGAGAUGGUGGCAUCUGUCAGCACACUGUGUUCUGCACUGUACUGAAGAUGAGGAGUAGUCUUAUCGCUGAAGUGUCCUUCUGUGUCUGUAGUAAGACAGCAAAAUGAUCUCCCCUCCAAUGAUCAACCUCUCUAUUAUGUCAUGAUAUAUGUAUCGAGAAUAUUUGCGUGAUGAGGCUUUUGAGCCAUCUGAAAGCAGUGCUGAGAAAUCCUGUCUUAAGAGGAUUUUAAAGUACUGCAUAGUAUCUUUAUUUUAAAGCUAACCACAAUUUUCUGUAUAUAUAGAUGAGGGGUAUUGGAGUGUGGCAAAGAUUAGGACUUAAUUGGUUGUUCUCAAGGUGGGCAAGCCAUUUUUAAGUUAAAAUAAGAGUCAUUAUUUCCUACCAUUCAAACUGCCUCAGAUGGAUGAAUUUGGUUCCGGGUCCAGUUUACACCAGCGUUACUCACUCCACAAGAUGAUUAUCGAAUAGAAUAUCUUAAGCCAUUCCAUCAUAUUUCCAUGUAAUAAGGAUGUCGGAAUGUAAUGAAUUCCAUUACUGCUGUUUUUGUGAUUUCUGUUUUUGGCCACCCUGGGUAAAAGGUGCACCUUACUCACCUGUUGAAAUGACGCACAUUUAAAAUGGGGCUGUUACUUUCCUACCUUUUAAAAUGACUGGUUUUAUGGUUUUAGCUUUGACUUGGCCACGUACAGUCGCUGACAUUCUUAAAACCAUUAGGUUUCUGUUGAUUAUGAAUUAGCAAAUCGGCGUCACGGCAGAUGUGUUAGUUUGCCUCCUCCAGACACAUUUUUUGUUGAUUGUUUACAGAAUUAUUUUUGUAUUUAUCUGUCAACACCGUGACUGUACGUGACUCCUCAAAAUAAGAAGCACUCAUUAUAAUUAGUCAUUCUCACUUAUUAAAAACAAUUUGUGUCAAUAUUGUUCGGUACUCUUAAAAUCCUGUAUGGAAUGUGACUUUAAACAGCCAUGUCCUCUCUCAUUCUACUCGUUUUAAUUUUCUGCUGUUUUAUAUCUACUCCCUUAACUUAUUAGCAUUUUCUAAUUGUCAGUUCUACGGAAACUUUGUAAAUAUUGAUACUGAAAUCAAAUUUUGCUAUUUUCUCAGCAUUUUAAUAAACAAACAGAGAUAAAUGUG